AAUUGAUUCUGGGGGUGCAUAGGCGGGUGUUUCGGUUUGCACUCAAACGUGACAACGAUAACAUAAAUACUGUUGCGCCAAUGUUAUUGAUGAACAAAAAUGAGCACGAAGCAAGUCACCUGCAGGUAUUUUCUCCAUGGUGUCUGCCGAGAGGGGAAUAGGUGCAUGUUCUCUCAUGACCUGACCACCAGUAAACCUUCAACCAUCUGUAAGUUCUACCAGAGAGGUGUGUGUGCCUACGGAGACCGCUGCAGGUAUGACCACAUCAAGCCAUCUGGUGGUGGAGGAGGAGGAGGGAGAGGUGUGCCCAUGGACCUCCCUAACAGAAACCCCAUCACUGCUGGGGCCUUCAUCCCCCCUGGGGUGCCUGGACCUCUCGCCCCCACUGCACCCCAAGCCAGGCAUCAGGGGGGGAAGAAACCGCUGGUGCUGAGAGAUCGAGCCCUGGGGUGUGACAGUACAAUGAUGCCCUUCGGUGGGGGUGGCUCAGAGGUGGACUGUUGGACGGAGUACCAUGACAACAGUGCCCAUGCCAAACCUCCACACUCCUACCUGGAUGCCAUCAGGACCGGUCUGGAGUGUUCUGCCACGGCCGGCCCCUACCAUGUCGCUGGCCCCCAGCCACAGCUCUGUCCCUACGCCGCUGCAGGACAGUGUAACUACGGAAACACCUGUCCCUAUCUCCACGGUGAUAUGUGUGAUAUCUGCCGUCUGCAGGUGCUCCACCCACACAACCCUGAGCAGAGGAGAGCUCACGAGAAGAUGUGUAUGUUGGUGUUCGAGGCGGACAUGGAGAAGGCGUUUUCAGCGCAGCACAGCCAGGACAAGGUGUGUUCUAUCUGUAUGGAGGUGGUUUAUGAGAAAGCUGCUGCCUCAGAGAGACGCUUCGGGAUCCUCUCUUCCUGCUGCCACACAUACUGCCUCUCCUGCAUCCGCCAGUGGCGCUGCGCCAAGCAGUUUGAGAACAAGUCAUGUCCAGAGUGCAGAGUGGUGUCUGAGUUUGUCAUCCCCAGUGGUUACUGGGUGGAGGACCAGGAUGAGAAGAACAGACUGAUAGAGGACUUCAAGUCUGGAGUCAGUAAGAAGGCGUGUAAGUACUUUGACCAGGGCCGGGGAACCUGUCCGUUUGGAGGGAAGUGUUUCUACAUGCAUGCUUACCCUGACGGAACACGGGCCGAGCCGGACAAACCCCGCAAGCAGCUGGGCUCUGAGGGGAACGUGAGGUUCCUGAACUCUGUCCGUCUGUGGGACUUCAUCGAGGAGCGCGAGCAGCGCAGUGUUGCCCAGCCGCAGGAAGAUGAGGUCAGCGAACUGAGAGAACUCUUCAUGCAGAUGUCUGGUCCAGGAGGGGAGGAGAGCAGUGCAGUGUCUGCCCAGCCCUGAGCCCUCACCCUGGGGCCCUAACUACCUGUUAUCCAGGCCUAGCCCCAGCACUCUGACCAACGGCUCAUAUCAAAAUGCAAACAUACAUACGACACUGGACAAUAAAAUGUACUCACUAGUAAGCCUUUCAUGUUGAUGGUUUCAGGCUUUUUUUAAAUGAUAUUUUUACUCAUGGUACAUUUGUGUGGAAAAUAACAUAGUAAAUCUGUACAUAGAGCUGUAAUCUUCCUGUACCUCAACCCGGCACCCCUCCUACGGGCAGCAUGGAAGAGCACCAGUAAUGUGUGGAAAAUAACAUAGUAAAUCUGUACAUAGAGCUGUAAUGGUUCUGUACCUCAACCCGGCACCCCUCCUACGGGCAGCAUGGAAGAGCACCAGUAAUGUGUGGAAAAUAACAUAGUAAAUCUGUACAUAGAGCUGUAAUCUUCCUGUACCUCAACCCGGCACCCCUCCUACGGGCAGCAUGGAAGAGCACCAGUAAUGUGUGGAAAAUAACAUAGAUCUGUACAUAGAGCUGUAAUCUUCCUGUACCUCAACCCGGCACCCCUCCUACGGGCAGCAUGGAAGAGCACCAGUAAUGUGUGGAAAAUAACAUAGAUCUGUACAUAGAGCUGUAAUCUUCCUGUACCUCAACCCGGCACCCCUCCUACGGGCAGCAAAGAGCACCAGUAAUGUGUGGAAAAUAACAUAGAUCUGUACAUAGAGCUGUAAUCUUCCUGUUAGAGAAGCUGCUAUAUUUUCCAGAUAUGUUUUAGAUCAUUUAUCUCUGCUUUUUAUAUGAAUGGGGUAGACAUCUAUAGAAUGAACCAUAAGGUCAUAGUUUUCAAGUACAGUGAAAUGCCUUUACUUUCUUUUCAUUGGAUCUAUAGAAUCAGUUUGAGGUUGUAUAGAUAGAUCAGACCGCCUCUCAGCCAGGCCACAACAAGUGUUACACUUAGGUCACAUAUAGACAUUUUUAAAAGAAACAAAACGUGGAAUUCAAAUCAAUGCACCCAGGGGCUCUAUUCAAGCUGGAUUGCUGAAGUGAUAGGAAUUACUUUCAUUUUCGAUUGAGCCGACAUAUUCAGUGUUCACUGUGAAUGCGGUCUCUGCUGACACAGUAACAUUGGCUUUAAAUUUAAAUCCUGCUGUAACGCUGAACUUCCACAAUACGGAUUGAAUAGAGCCCCAAGUCUGUUACAUACUCGUUGUCCAUGAAGGUAUGGUGUGUUCAUUUAGAGGCUUUUGCAUUUACGUUGCAACUAGUUCCUUCUAUAGGAAUUAUUUAGUGUUGAUGGAUGCUCACAUUAUGAGGUUUAGUGACUUUAUCCUUUUAAUGGUAUAAAAUGAUGUUGACCUUAUUAUCCUACAUCAUUCAUCUAUAGUAAGAGAAUAAAGCAGACCCUGGGUGAUCUAUCAGUCAGCCUGUAGAGGUGCAGAGGAAUGAGCUCCUACCAGUAGUCGUCUCUAUUAUCUAAUGUAUUGAGUGAAGCUGCCUGGGGAGACUAAACUAUAGUGUUUAGAUAAUAUUAUACUACCAUGUUUAAUGUAUAUUCUAUGGGAAAUCAGAAUCACUAUGUUGGCUUUUAUUUAUCCAAUUUCUUUUCAGUUUGAAUGAUUAUUUCCAAAAAGAAAUUCAAUAGCAGCAGUCCAUUCAUUCAAUAAAGAAAAUGUUUGACAGCAGAG